AUGGAGAUGUGGAAGCAGAUAUUUUCACAGAAGAUGCAGCAGGUGCACCCAGGGGACAAGUGGGCCCUUAAGCUAGAUGACAACCUGCAGCCCAAUGUCUUGGGGCCAGGAUGGAUGCAAUUCCUGCAGCAGCGUGCAUUCGGCAGGUUCCAGUGUUCCCAGUGCCAUCAUGCCUGGCAGUCCGCCCAGGUGCACGUGCUCUUCCACAUCCACCUGGACCGGAGGCAGAGAGAGGGCCAGGUGAAGAUGAAAAUCUUCAGGCAAGAGUGCAAGAAAUGCCUCCUGGUCGUGCUGGAAGAGCCACAAUUCAGCCCCCGGCAUGUCAAGAGGGUGCUGGAUAGCCUAGGGCGGAAGAUACGCCAGAAGUGCUAUGGGGAAGCUGCCCAUCCCAACAGUGUGCCCACCAUCGUUGCGGGAGACCCCACAAAGGGGUCGCACGACAGCACCUGCUGUGGACUGGGUGUUUGCAGCAUGAAACAUGAAACACAAAUGCUGCCCGACGUGAUUGUUGGAUCCACUUGCACCCGCCCCGACCAGUGGGAACAGACUGGGGUGGCAACAGGGGUAAGCAGCGGCUUCAGCUGGCGGCAAUGUUGUUGCUACAGCUGUUGCGUGCUGGCUAUUUCGGCCGUGCUCUUUUUGCUUCUGCUGUAUUUCACCCCCAAGAAGUAG